AUGCCUCAUGCGCCUGUUCGAGAGGGAAGACCUCGUAUUGAUUAUGUUGAUCAAGUUUUAGAAGAAAUUGAAAAUGAUCCGACUACUUCGGCACGAGCAAUCGAAAGAAGAACAGGGAUACCGAAAUCGUUUCAGGUGUCAACAGUUGUUCUUUAUGGCGUCCCAAUUGUUUCAUUAGUAAUUGAAAAUCAGGAACGGUUAUGCCUGGCACAAAUUUCAAACACGCUAUUAAAACAGUUUAGUUACAAUGAAAUCCAUAAUAGAAGAGUUGCUUUAGGUAUAACAUGUGUUCAAUGUACGCCAGUGCAACUAGAAAUUCUUCGACGAGCUGGUGCAAUGCCAGUGUCUUCCAGAAGAUGCGGAAUGAUAACCCGUAGAGAAGCUGAACGGCUAUGCAAAAGUUUCCUUGGCGAUAAUGCUCCACCUCGUCUUCCAGAAGACUUUGCAUUUUCAGUACAUCACGAAUGCGCAUGGGGCUGUAGAGGAUCAUUUCUUCCUUCUCGAUAUAAUUCAUCAAGAGCAAAGUGCAUAAAAUGUUCCAUCUGUGGUUUGUUCUUCUCACCUAAUAAGUUUAUUUUUCAUUCUCAUCGAUUAAGUGCAAAUGAUAAAUACGUUCAGCCAGAUGCAGCUAAUUUUAAUUCCUGGAGAAGACACAUGAAGUUAAGUGGUAAUCCUCAUGAAGAAAUUAUUCAUGCUUGGGAGGACGUUAAGGCUAUGUUUAAUGGUGGAACAAGAAAAAGAUUGUUGUCAUCUUCUGUGGUUUCUACCCAUACGUCAAAGCAAAAUAAAGUUGAGCCGCAUAUUCAACCAAUAGUCCCAUCACCUAGAAUUGCACAUUGUCAGGACUUUCCACUUCCUAUAUCAAGAGUUGCUUUGGAUUUGAUGUGCCAUAAACCAUUAAGUUUUUCUUCUUAUUCAUCCCUGCCAUGGCUGAAGAAAAAUCCAGUCCUGUUUCCACCUGGAAAUACUUUUUUCUCAAUUGAUAAAAGCUACCAGUCAGCAUUCAAACCUGUUCAGCCUUUCGCAGAGGAUACGGAGCAUAGCACACAGAGAUCUGAUGACAGUGAUAAUGAAGUUGAUAUUGAAACUACGGAUGAUAAUAUGGGAACACCAACAAAGUGGGAGUUAAAGGAUGAAAAGGGCUUUGAGUCUCCAACCAGUCCUACCACGUCACUGUUAUCGCAAAGUGGGGACGAAGUUCCGACCUCUACAAAGCUGUGGAGUUUUACAAAAUUGCAAUUUGACGGAAUAGAAAGAUCAACAUUUCUAUCUAGACCAGAUCUUCACAGGCGGUUUAUAAUUGAAUCAUCAGAAGAAAAUGAAGCCCUACGAAGUCCAGUGAAUAUGAUCCUAUCAAACAAGCCUAGUUUAGAUUGUAGUGCAUGUUCAACUUCAACGCAUGGUGGAUCUGUCUUUAGUUCUACCGAAGAAGGAAAUAAAGUUAUGUAGUUCUACCGAAACUAUAAUUUUGUAGCCCCAUUUGUAAAUGUUAAGGUUGUUAAAUUAUUUAGUGGGCAUUAUAAAGUGAUUACUCUUCAGUGGUUGUGGUAGGUUGUGGUAAUAAAGCUUGAGAAAAUAGGGUAGAAUUUUCGGUUUUGCAAGUUGACAAACAUAUUUUCGUCUUAUAAAUCAAGAGUAAUAAAUUAAUAUUUUAAUACUUACCCCUUAUGAAACGAAAGAAAUAGACCCAUAUAUUCGUUAGUUGUAGCAAACAAAAUUUAGGUUGAUGCGGCUUUACUAUAUAGGGUUGCCACUCUAUAAAUAAUAGCAACAUUUGUUUUUGUGGCGAUGAAACAUUUAGCACCUAGUCUAUAAAUAGCAGUCUAGUCAAUCUGUCGAAAUAUUCUGUAUAAAAUUAUUUAUCAAUAUUAUAUUUAAAUGUAAUUUCAUAUAAUCUAAUUAUUAUUAAACGUUGUUUUUUACUA